AUGCCGAACUGGGGUGGAGGAGCUAAAUGUGGAGCCUGUGAAAAGACAGUAUAUCAUGCAGAAGAAAUCCAGUGCAAUGGAAGGAGUUUCCACAAGACCUGCUUCCUCUGCAUGGCCUGCAGGAAGGCUCUUGACAGCACCACAGUGGCCGCACAUGAGUCAGAGAUCUACUGUAAGGUGUGCUAUGGGCGCAAGUAUGGUCCCAAGGGCAUCGGAUUCGGACAAGGUGCUGGCUGCCUCAGCACGGACACAGGCGAGCACCUGGGCCUCCAGUUUCAAGAGUCACCAAAGGUGGCACGCUCAGCCACCAGCAGCAAUCCUUCAAAGUUCACUGCUAAAUUUGGAGAAUCAGAGAAGUGCCCUAGAUGUGGAAAAUCAGUCUAUGCUGCUGAGAAGGUGAUGGGUGGUGGCAAGCCUUGGCACAAGACCUGCUUCCGCUGUGCCAUCUGUGGGAAGAGUCUAGAGUCCACAAAUGUCACCGACAAAGAUGGGGAACUUUAUUGCAAAGUUUGCUAUGCCAAAAAUUUUGGCCCUACGGGUAUUGGGUUUGGCGGCCUCACACAACCAGGAGAAAAGAAAGAAUGA